CCUGUUCCAAUACAGUUUUGAUGUGCAGCCGUGGGCGUCGUCGGAAGAUACCCCUUAAAAGAUUCGCCCCAGCAUCCGCUUAUCAAAAUUCUGAAGCUUCAUCCAGAUUCCCACUCACUCAUUUUCGGUGAAAAAUUCUGGCUUCUCGUAUGGUUUAUGAGUUUUGCGCUUCGUCGAUUCGGAAACUCUUGCUGCCCUCUGGACAAAUCGUCCGUGGAUAUCCACGUGCAAUUUUUACUCAGUUUUCCACCCGCACUUGCCUAUUAAACUUUCAUGCUUUUCGCCGUUAUGAUGGUAGAGAGACCAUUCCACAAUCAACCCAAAUGACACAUUACACGCCUGUACAAUGCUUUGUUGCUUUUGUCUUCUUGUUCCUGCUGUUGAGAUUAGAAUUGGCGGGCGGGUUUGAUAAAAGGUAUAAAAAGUAAAACGGGUUAUACCAUAAAGCAGCGAGAGUUAAUCAUCGCAUUUGAGAAGGUUUAUUCUGCCUGUGCAAUUCACCAUUUCCGUCGGUUAUCAUCCUGCUACACAAAUAAAAGUGGUCAUCCAGCGUGCACCGUAAUCGAGAUCCAGACAGUAAUCCGUUCUUUCGUUACCAGUUGACACAAUGAACUUGGCAACCUGCAUUUUAUGUUUCUUAGUGACAGUUCUGAUUGUCAUCACAAAGGCCGAUAAUGCCAAUGAACACUGUGGAGGAUACUGCAAUUUCACACAGGUCCGAAAAAGAUGCCAGAAUAAUCAGGAGCUUCAAAGCAUCAAUGAAAAUGGCAAGCCCUGUGGGAAUCAACGGGUCAACCAGCUACGAGGUGAUUGCCUGAGAACUCACAAUUGUAAAAGAAAGCGAACUGUCCCAGACCUGCAAAGAACUUCUCUUCUACGGACCUUAAUCGCACGACGCAACAAAGAGCCAGAGUAUGGUGCUUUUGAUCAGCCGAGUGAUCUUUCGUCGUAUUUCAUUGGUGAUGUUUAUCAGAUUCGGAUACCAGCUUGGCAAGAACGCAUCCUCAAGCUACUGGCAAUUAUGGAGACUGGCAUGGAAAUAUAACCAACUGAUCAACAGCGUUGAUGUGAGUCACCUCACCUCAUCUCACGUCAUUCCAACAUCUGUGUCUUUUAUUGGUAGGAGAUAAUAAAUAAUUAAGAAAUCGAAAGCUUUAUGUAUUAUUCAAAUUACUUAUUCCUUUUUUUAUAAUAUGUCUUUGAAAGCCUGUGCGAAGUGCGAGUAGCUGUUAGAUAAGCCCGUGGUCAUAAUAUUGCUCUAAAUGUCGCAUCGCCGCCUCUUCUGAGUUGUGGAAAGAUUUCUUAUGCAAAGUCAAAAUGUAUAGCUUUAAUUAUCCUCAAAAAGAUCAUUAUGAUAUUUGCAACUGUUGCUUUUCAGCCUUUCAAACAAACGGAAAUAGAAUGUUACUAAACAUUUAGGGUAAGAGAUUGCAGAUAUUGAUGAAAACCUGAUAAAAUUUAUCCCAAAUUUGAAGACAGACUGACUACACUUAGGCCAAUAAAUGAUAUUUAUCGAUGACAGUAAAGUUAGUUUGAUAUUGGACAUUCCCAUUGGUUUGUACAGUAUUUAUCGUGUUCAUUCACUGCAACAAUUUUUAAGCUCUUCACAAGUUCAUCUUUCCACGACAAAUGCCAAUUCUCGGGCUAACCCCAAAUGAAUUGAGUUUAAACAUUUGCAAAAUUCAUCAAUGGGCCCCAAUAAGUACUAAUCAACUUGUAUUAAUCAACGAAGAGAAGUUAUCGGAGUCAAGACCUUUCAAUUAAUUCCGUGGUAUGAAAGUGGUAUAAAAAAGAAUCUUUUUCUAUCAUCAGACAGAAGUGUUGACAGUCAAUUACAACUUUGCUUAUUCAAGCAAACCUCUCAGGUAAAUGGUCAUUCAUCCCGCACAUGUAUAAUAAAAGCCCUUGAAAACAUGCAAUGUGUAACAACUAGGCCUAUACGAACCUAUUUUGUUGGUCCUGUAUUGUACAUUGUAAAAAGAAUCUCUGGCACAAAAAGUGGAUUGCAUUUUCCUAUUUUAAUCAUUAGUUAACAUUUCAUAUGCAUGCUAGAAAUUAUAUUACUUUCUUUUUUAUUAUUUUAAGCUUCUUUUUCUUUGGUUUUCGCUAAAUUUGCCUCAUUCAGUACCCAUCCGUCUCGCAGAAAGUUGCCUGAUCUCGAUGAAUUAGUUUCAAGCUUUCUGAAUUAUGGUCGCCUGAAUAAUUCGUUGGGGCUUUGUCGAUUUUUCUGUAGUUUUGCCUUUGCUUCGAUCCUAGUAAAGAUGAAUUCGAUCCAUUGUUCAGCUUUGCUUCUGGCUUGAGCUGUUAACUGCGUAACGCAUCGGCUUGGUGCACAACUGUUUUUUUUUUUCACUCUCAUGGUACGUGCCCAUCAAACCACACACAGAGACACACAGUUGGCACCAUAUCAGAGGACUGUAGGGGGUACACACUGCCUUCAUUACCUCACAAAGCAAAAUGGACUUACAUGUUUGAAUUACUUGCGGAAACAUACUGAAUUCCUCUCAAUAUAAUUGUAAGGAGUUGGAGACAACAAGCUGGUUUAGCUAGCGGCUAAUUUGGGACCCACAGAUCACUGCUUCCUCACUGUCCUCUUUUACAUGCCCCGGUCUUUAUGUGUUUUAGAUUUAGGUUGUUUUUUUAUUAUUAAUUACUUUCUUUCAAUUAGUCUGGUAGCAAAUCUUUCACAAAGGUCUUUCCUUUAUGUGAUUUUUGUUUAGGAACAAACAAAAAGAAAUGCAAAAUUUUAAACUUUUUGCAAAUUAUUUUCCUAUCCAGCAUGGCAUGAAGCAGGCUGUACUGGAUGGGGGUUUUUUAUAAAAUUAAUGGUCAAAGUGAGUGUAGUCAAAUUUUGAGCAGAAUCUGAGGUGACAAAGGCUACGACUUAGGGGAGGAGUAGAGAAGGCAAAGUUGGCAGUGCUUUUCACCUACUGUAAAAGCUUGAAAUUUGUAAAGAAUGCAAUCAAAUUCAAUAUCAACCAAAUUACUAGGGAUGAUGUUUUUUAGCUUUCAAUUACUUGUCUUACUUUUUAAAUUUUUUAAAUUGUUCUUAAAACAAAUACUUUUAACAAAAUGGUGUUUUCUCAAUAAAAUCAACUGGCAAGCCUAGUUAUGAAAAUGAACAGUGAGUUCAACAAAAUUCACCUCACUUUAAUGAGUUUUCUACAUCAACGAUGAGUAGUUGUCAAGUCGAAGAGCUUAUAACGAAACCUGAUCAAUUAUUAAUGUUCAUCGUAUUAUUAUCAUCAGUUUCUACAAACGACUGUAUAUACAAAUAUUUAUUUAUUCAUCAAUGACGCAUGUAUUAACGUUUGUCAUGAACAUUUUAUGUUGAAACUAUAUUAUACAUAAACUGAGACUCUUCACACCGUAACCCAUUUUAUGAAAUCUUACGUUUAUUUUCUGAAUGUCGUUGCAUUUUUGGCCUUUCUAAUUAAUAAAUA